CAGGCAAGCCCCGGUGCAUUUGCCACCUUCCUUGAUGUUUUUAAAAUCUUUCUCACUUGAUUGCUGCAUUAGGUGAUAGCAGUUGAUUGAUAAAACCAUUCCUGCAUUACCUUCCUUGAACUUGAUUACCUUCCUUGAUCACCCGUUUUACAAAAAGAUUUUGAUGCUUAGUCUUGCUUUAGAAAACAAAAUGUUUUGUUUUUACAAAAUAUGAUAUGGCAAAGGUGGGUGGGAUGUUUUCGAAAAUAAAACUUGAUGGUGAAUCCAUCACGGCCGUGAUGGAUUCAACAUCGGAAAAGAUGUACCUCUGCCAGGUACCAAGUUUUUGGGUUGAAAAGAUUAAGCUGAGACCGGGCGGGUGACUUGCACGAGAAGAGAGUCUCGGUGUAGUGUCUCCGUCUGAGUCGAUUAAGGACCUUGUCGAUGUAGGCCUGCUGACCGAGGACCCUUUAACUGGUCACAUGCCUCGUCAUGGGUAAGCUUUGCCUCGGGCGGACUAAGGCCAGAAUAAGAUAACACGAAAUGGGCGUGGAGCGGUGGCGAGAGUAGCGUGUACCCUCCGUGGCAAGAGGCUGGACGGUGGUGUAUCUGUGCUCUCGGUUUGCGUGAACCUGAUCUGGUCUUAAGAACCCCGGUGGCGGGUUGACAUAUGCAAGGGUUAAGUGCUACAUAUGUCGUGUGAUUGGAGAUCCUCAGCUGAGUAUAAUCGAUUCGGAUCGCCGUACCUUCGCGGUUAUGAAGACUUGGUCACUGACUUACACGUAGCAUUCCACUAAAGAUGAUGGGUUUUUGUUAAGAAAUUGGCUAGUGCAGGACCAGUGAUUGAACUAGGGUAGAAAGAACUCUAGUCACAGGUAAUUCUACUUAACUUGACAAAUAAAACUGGAUUUCUAAGGAUCCACUUUAGUAAGCAUUUCUGCAAAACAGAGUCUUUGAUUAUUGAAAAGCCUUACCUUGACUCCCUUAAGCCAGCAUACCCUUGAGAGUCUUUUCUUUAGUCGGGUAAGUCUUGCUGAGUAAUUCCAUACUCAGGGUUUUAUUCCCUAUUGUUUUUCAGGUUCUAACUUUGUGCUGUUGUUGAUGGUGUUAAGUGCCGGUGGGCUCGGCCUUCUUAUAAGUCUAAGUAACCCUUCUAUACUUCUUAUUGAGGAUGAUCCCUUGAGCUAGCAUAUAUUUCAAACUUAUACUUUUGUAAUCACUCCGAUAAACUAAUGUAAAAUUUUUGUAACCUGUAAAAUUUGGUAGUAAGAUUUCCGCUGCAACAAUAUUGGUGUGUGUGAUUUGUGUUAUUUAAUCCCGCGGUUCUGGUUGUAAGUGGUUUAUCCGAUGUCCUUGGGGCAAUCGGACGGAUCCUGUUAAGUUAUUUAGUGCACAUGCAUAGCUGUCUGAGGUCUUUGAGACAAGGACAGGUGCAUGUGGGCCCAAUAACUUGGGAGGUUCUGCCACAGACUGGUAUCGGAGCAGGAUUAAGUAUAUACGGUCACAUACGUAUUUUCAAAACAAAAGUUUUGGUUUUGAAAAACCUAUUUUCAACUAAACACAUUGUUUGGCUUUGAAAAAACAGUUUUGAAAACUAUAAUGCUAGCGACAUCCUCUAUUAAGCCCUAAGUUAAGGACUAUCAGGUGGCUUAGUUGAAAACCAUAACCCACAACCGGGUGGGUAUUGCAUACAUGUGUAUUGUUAUUUUUGAGGCCAUUCAGUUUUGAAUGGAUCGACGCUCAGGUAAGGUGAGUUGUGAGAGCAUGACCGAACAACCGUCGGUCUAGGGGAGUGUUUAAAAGUGGCGUCCGAUUAUAUACAUGUUUUACAUAUGUAUAUAUGAAGACUGCGAUGUGGAGUAAUUACUUUUCCGGGAAUUCAGUACCCCAUGGAUGUAUGGGUAUACAGACAUGGGAAUACUGAGAAUUGUAAUGUACCUGUAACGACGCACCUACACUCAGGUAAGAAGGUGAGUUACCAUAAUGAGUUGCCCUAUGGUUAAAGUGUGGCAACGACGCCUAUGCGUGGCUCGGCGCUUAAUGAAGAGCUGGCCUCCAUAUAGCAAUAUAUGGAGUAUAAACUAUUAUAAACUGUCAUGUGUGACUCGCAUCAUUGGGAAUUGGGCUGUGAUGGAAUUUUCUGCAGGUACACUAACCUCGAAAACGUAUGUGUAGUUGACGACUAGCAAAAUACCAUGAGAGUCGUAAGUAUGCCACCGAUAUAGAACGUUAUUGCCACAUUAUGUUGGCAAAAAUCAGUGAGGACGUAUAGGACGAGCAUGCAUCCUGAUUGUUGCAUCAUGUUUGUCACCUAUACACCCAAAAUGCUUCUCUCAUCCUUAUUCUAGUAACCAUUGAUUGUAGAUAAUAUGGUGUAAUGCUGAAUUAUGAACUUCGAUAAAAUAGUUGUCCUCCGUUCCUUAGGUAUUAUGUUUAGAUGCUAUAUGUUUGCUCUUGUGCUUGAUGUGUCGAUAGAAGGUUAGUGACUUGUUUGCCUAAACCCAAAAUUAGGCCAUGUUCUUAUCUGGUAAACCUAGACCCAAAUUUGAAUUUACCAUUAUCCCUCCUUGACUAAAAUCAUGUAAAUGAAUGCUUAGAUAAUUUCCUUUGUUGUACGUAAAGUGUACCCAAGUUUAAAACAAGGAUCUCAAGUCAUGUCUCCUUCCAAAACCAUUCCCUUGUUCCGUUGGUGCAAGCUGAUAUCCCUAAUUCCAUUUUGCCUCUUCUUGAGGAUCAUGUCGUUAUUUUAUCAACCCAACCCAGAAAAGACAGGUUUGAUCAUUUUCUUGAAUUUGAUGCCUUUGGUUUCCCCAUAUCUAUCGAAGGCAUACCAACUUAAUUUGAUGAUUGUUUUCCCUCCGUAUCUAAUCAGAUACUAAUUCUUGACCUUGUAAUCUCUAUGAUGGGCAUAGAAAUAUGCCUAGGGCUGAAUUAACAGUCUCCCAUCAUACUCCCUCACCACCCAGUUUAGGUUAUGGCCAUGUCGUAUUCAUUUCAUCGGGCCAUAAUCUAUUUAGCUCUCUACUUGUAACCAUUCUUACAGGUGGAGUCUCUUUUGAAUAUUGUCAUCCAGACUCAGUCUAUUUGUGUCGUGCGAGAUUUGUUAUUGGUUACGUCUGAUAAUGGUGUUGUGACUAAAACUGAUGGUGCCGCGACGAAACCGAGGGCCUCCUGUGGAUGCAUACACAUGGUUGCGCUACUCAGCACGCGCUGGUAUCACGGUUAGUAGUUAUAAUCCAUUAUGAGACUAUAUCAAUGUGUUAUCUUGGCACAAAUUAUUCUUACCACGUGAGAUUCAUUAUUGGUGCCAGUUCGGUAAUGGUGUCACGAUUAAUGACUUAUGGUGCCGCAGCGAAACUGAGAGCCCCUUGUGAAUGUACACGCAAGGUUAUGCUGCUUGGCGCAUGCUGAUAUCGAGGUCUCUAGUCAUGAUCCAUUGUGGAACUACACUGAUAUGUUAUCUUCCGUAAACUACUUCCUUGAAAUAAUUUCUGUGUUGUUUGUCAAAGUGAUCAAGCAACAUCUAUCAUCUUUAUUGGAUCAAAAGGGCAUACCACUUUCGUGUGUGGUCUCUUUUCUUUGAUCUUGAUAGUGAUUACUUAUACAAGUUCCCUUUACAUCCUUUGUGUAAAGGUGGAACAUUGGAGCUUUUUAGUGUUGGAAGACAUCUGAUUAGCUCUAAAAUAGAGAUUGAUUUUCCCUAUAGCUGAAAUGCGGGAGUUUGUCCAGUUGUUCUCUUAUUUAACCCAUAUAUUUCCAGACCAAGUCGGUUCAUCUCGCAUGAAGAAACAGAUGAACAACAUGACCAAAUGGAUUUCUACCCAAAUGCAUGACCUUUUGCUCGCAAAUGGGAACUCUCAACCAUUGGCUUACCGAUGGUAUUGAGAGGACUUGCUCAAUGUCAAAAGUAGUUCAACAAGUUGGUGUUACUAACUUGUAACUGCCCAAUGAACGAAGGUUGAGUUUAGAGAUCAUUUCAUCAAGUUGCCUAAACUCACUUUGGUUCAACCCACCCUAAAGAAAGUAUUUGCAAGAAUCAAGUUAGGUCGGCCUGUAACCACCUAGUCAUCACUCUAGUCAUGCCUCGAUUGCCUCACGUGUGCUUUUCCAACAUGUGUGAUCAAGUCAAGCCAUGAUUAGUACUGGAUAAAAUAGAUUGGUUGCAAAGUCCGCAUCUACAGAUCCCUCCGCUGGUGAUUUUCUCGAAUCUAUAUCACCUUUCAUGGACUUGGAUUCUCUGGCUAACACGAGUUAACUGUGAUGUAUUCGACAUUCACACCCAUCUCGGGUGCUAUGAACUUACCGUGACCGCUUGUUGGUAAACCUCUUUCUGUGUGUUUUACCCAAGAGGUUGCAUCUGGUUCUGUUUGGGUAAAAUCGCGUAUUUGUCGCCUGCUCAACAGGCUCAGAUAGUACAGUGUCAUCAGAAAAAGCAAAUUGCACACAUGGAACCUUAUGUGUUCCUCUUGCAACAUCGCCUCUAUUGUUGGAUAUCUCUAAUUAGCCUAAGGCGAUACAUGUUAUGUCCACUAGAGAAACGACAUUCUGAGACACCCGCCUUUGCUUGGUACCGUCUUAUGAUUUUCGCUGAUAUGGACGUGGGUUAUAUGCUUCUCUACUCUUGAAAGUCUUUCGCUCCGAAUCUCGGGACGAGAUUCUUUUAAGGGGGGAGGGCUGUAACACCCCAGGUGUUUAUAUUCCGCUCGACAACGAGUACGGAUGCAAGCAUGUAAUCAGUGGAUAAAACGGAUGCCAAAAUUUUAAUCCUUUUCACUUAUCGCGAUUUUUAUAUCGCAUCUGUUCCGUCUGUCGUGAGCGCGACAUCGUUUUUAUUUUUAUCUAUCCGGACUCUUCCUUAAUCUUCGUAAUGUUCGGAAUUCCGAAAAUCGGUGCGUCCGAUGAGUAUUUAAAAUUCAUCGCUCGCGCGAAUACAAAAUUCGGAAGCUUUACCCACUCGGACGAUUUUAUCCCGAGACAAUUAAAUAGAACCCGACGACUAAGUUUCUGGUGAAAAAUAAAGUAGUUCCCUUUUUGUCAUCCGUAAUAUCACAUCUACGGAUGUUUAAUUAAAUUGUUCUUUAGUCGAAUAUUUAGGUAGCAGUAAAAUUCGUUUAAGUUCAACUAAAUCGAAUGUCUAUUAAAACAUCGAAUCUGAUAUCGUUUAGUUUGAUCCGUUAACAGCAGACUGUUUAAAUAAAAUGAAUCCGAACUAAAUAAAACCAAAACAAUGAUUAGCCGAAUUAGUUUCCUAUUCCAAAAUCCGAGAGAAUAAUAUUGUAUCCGGACAGUAUUUUGAUCCUAUCUAUUGCAUCGUGCUUAGAUCCGAGUCCCUAAAUCCGGAUAUGUAUGUAUUCCUUUGUAGAAGAAAAACUGAGCCCCUGCUGAUUUUUCUCCAGUCCUUAUCCCUUUCACUAGAUAUUUCCUGGCAUCUUGUUCACACCACCGCACAGGCCUCUCGUUGAUUUUUUAAGCCAAAUCGCAAGCCGUGCUUCUUGUGUGGCUCAACGCGGGGGACAGGAAAAAUCCCACCGCUGAUUUCCUCCUCCUCCUUAUCCCUCUCGCGCAACUUCUUCAUCCACACGUGGGAAGAAGAAAAUCCUGCCGCCGAGAUUUUUUCCGGCCGCUGUCGUCAUCCAGAUGCCGCUCAAGCCGCCGCUGUUCCUCGCCGUUAUCCGCUCAGCCGGCCGAAUACAAAUCCAGCAGCCCGGCCGUUCCUCCCUGAAGAUUUUCCCCCAUGGCGCCCUCACCCCUGUUCCUCCUAGCGUCCGGGCUCUGCUCGUCCUCGGCCAUGGCGGACGCCGUCGCCAUUUUUCCCCUUGGUGCUCACCGGUCGAGUCCCAGCCCCAGCGCCGUGAAACUCCCUGCGCCCCCGUCCUCUUCCCCAGUCGCGAGCUCCUUUUCUCUUCUCCAUGGCGCGCCCAAGCUCCCUCUGCUUUCUUAUCCUCUUUCCAGCGCGCGUAGGCUUCCUCUGGGAUUUUUUGUUUGCCGACUUAAUCUUCCAGCCGAGCGCAGUGCUUCUUCCUCCUCAGCCGUCGCCCAAGUCUUCUUCUUCUACGCGCACAGGGUUCUCCUCUGCGCAUCCUCUGACUCUCCCAGCGCCGUGGCUUCUCUGAGUUCGUCGCUGGAAACGCACCGUCCUCUGCUCGUUCGGUGCCCCUCUCUCCAAGCUUCCAUGGCGCCUUGGAGCCCCAGCUCGGCCGACGGCCGGGAGGACGCGCUGGGUCUCCCUCUGCUCGGUCGUCUCCCUCCUCCCGCUCCAGCUCCCCUGUGUGCCGUGGAUCUCGCGCCCCUGCCCAAGUCCGGCUGCCUGCGCGCUCCUUCUUCCUUUUCCCCUGUCAUCCGCAUCUCCUUCGGGCGUUCCGCGGUAUACUGGCUCACGCAGAUGCUCGAUGCCCAAUCCCUGCGUCGCGUCCAUCCUCUGCUCUUCCUGUUCGCCGGCAGAAGCUCCCAGCCGAGCGUUCCUUCUCUUCGCCGCGCGCCCAGCCGUCGAAGCUCCCUGCCAUCGUCGUUUUCGGCCCUGCCGUUGGUACAACAUCGUUUGCUGUUGCUAGUUGAUGCAACGUUGCCGUCCUUCGACGCCGCGCCGUGAGCAGCGACUUCGUCAAUCCGUCAUUUUGACAGGGUACUUGCGCUGCUCUCCUGUGUAUGUGAUGAUUGGAAAAGGAGUCCCAGCUGAUGAAGGAUUAAGGAACCAAAGCUCUAGUACACCCCGCCUGCCAGCUGAUCGUCGUACAUCCUGAACCAGGGUUUAAUCAUUUUCUUUGUGAAGUUCGAGCCGAUUAUAAUUUUGGAAGGAGAUUGGUGCUGAAGUCGAAGCUAGCAGCCCCUUUAUUCUUCGUCGUCAACCCACGCCGCGUCGCGACAUGCCCGUCGAUCCCGACGAUCUAUCUGCCAGAUGCGUGUCACUUGUGUUGAGCUCCAAAGCCCCUGUCGAGCUCUUCCCCUGAAAGCCGCCUUCGAGCACAAUCCCUGUCAUGUGUUCGAUGGGAAGUCUGAACCAAUGCUCAUCGUCGAUCUACGAUUAUCAAAUCAUUCUGGUCAUGGUACGUUAAUUAAUCACGUGAUACGGAAGACGAUCCAAGUCGACCCCAAGCGCGGGAUAAUCCGCAGGAUAAAGCUGAUGGACCAACCUGAAGAUGGACAAUGGAGCGAGUAUCAGAAUAAAGGCUGAUCGUCAAGUGGACGUCAUCUAACAACACUAACCUAGUGUUACUCAGGCAAGCCCCGGUGCAUUUGCCACCUUCCUUGAUGUUUUUAAAAUCUUUCUCACUUGAUUGCUGCAUUAGGUGAUAGGAGUUGAUUGAUAAAACCAUUCCUGCAUUACCUUCCUUGAACUUGAUUACCUUCCUUGAUCACCCGUUUUACAAAAAGAUUUUGAUGCUUAGCCUUGCUUUAGAAAACAAAAUGUUUUGUUUUUACAAAAUAUGAUAUGGCAAAGGUGGGUGGGAUGUUUUCGAAAAUAAAACUUGAUGGUGAAUCCAUCACGGCCGUGAUGGAUUCAACAUCGGAAAAGAUGUACCUCUGCCAGGUACCAAGUUUUUGGGUUGAAAAGAUUAAGCUGAGACCGGGCGGGUGACUUGCACGAGAAGAGAGUCUCGGUGUAGUGUCUCCGUCUGAGUCGAUUAAGGACCUUGUCGAUGUAGGCCUGCUGACCGAGGACCCUUUAACUGGUCACAUGCCUCGUCAUGGGUAAGCUUUGCCUCGGGCGGACUAAGGCCAGAAUAAGAUAACACGAAAUGGGCGUGGAGCGGUGGCGAGAGUAGCGUGUACCCUCCGUGGCAAGAGGCUGGACGGUGGUGUAUCUGUGCUCUCGGUUUGCGUGAACCUGAUCUGGUCUUAAGAACCCCGGUGGCGGGUUGACAUAUGCAAGGGUUAAGUGCUACAUAUGUCGUGUGAUUGGAGAUCCUCAGCUGAGUAUAAUCGAUUCGGAUCGCCGUACCUUCGCGGUUAUGAAGACUUGGUCACUGACUUACACGUAGCAUUCCACUAAAGAUGAUGGGUUUUUGUUAAGAAAUUGGCUAGUGCAGGACCAGUGAUUGAACUAGGGUAGAAAGAACUCUAGUCACAGGUAAUUCUACUUAACUUGACAAAUAAAACUGGAUUUCUAAGGAUCCACUUUAGUAAGCAUUUCUGCAAAACAGAGUCUUUGAUUAUUGAAAAGCCUUACCUUGACUCCCUUAAGCCAGCAUACCCUUGAGAGUCUUUUCUUUAGUCGGGUAAGUCUUGCUGAGUAAUUCCAUACUCAGGGUUUUAUUCCCUGUUGUUUUUCAGGUUCUAACUUUGUGCUGUUGUUGAUGGUGUUAAGUGCCGGUGGGCUCGGCCUUCUUAUAAGUCUAAGUAACCCUUCUAUACUUCUUAUUGAGGAUGAUCCCUUGAGCUAGCAUAUAUUUCAAACUUACACUUUUGUAAUCACUCCGAUAAACUAAUGUAAAAUUUUUGUAACCUGUAAAAUUUGGUAGUAAGAUUUCCGCUG